AUGAAGUUUACUACUGUCUUUGGAUUCUUCUCCAUCGCGGCUGCGGCUGCUAUUCCCGAGGAUGGCAGUGGCGCCGCCAGUCCAGCACCGUCCGGGCCAGCACCGUCCGAGACAGCACUGUCCGUGCCGGCACCGCCCAAGACAGCACUGUCCGUGCCAGCAUCGUCCGAGACAGCACUGUCCGUGCCGGCAUCGUCCGAGACAGCACUGUCCGUGCCGGCACCGUCCGUGCCAGCAACGUCCGAGACAGCACCGUCCGAGACAGCACCGUCCGGGCCAGCACCGUCCGGGCCAGCAACGUCCGAGCCAGCCCCAUCGGCUGCAUGUGAGCCGUUGCUGCCUUGGGUAGCGGCGACCGCGAAUAGUCCCUUCUGCAAGUCAUACAGGGGCAGCGAGGCGAUGUGUGGAACCAAGGCAUUUUGCGAGUCCUACGGCUCGGAGGAGACUCGACCGGAUUCCAAGUACGAUUCUGUCGCGAAGUGCCUUGCUCGUCAUGAACCCGAGCCUGUACGGGCCGGCUGCAAGAAGAGCAAGGCCAGUUCGCCACGCCCUGCGUUGAACGGAAAUCGCCCUGUUACACAAGGGCUACAGGAUUAA